AUGGCAUUUUAUUUCCAAGAGGGACCAAAAACCUGGAUUGCUGCUCUGAGGCACUGCCGGGAGAAGAGUCACGACCUUGUUGUCAUCACCAGUGAGAACAAGAAGACAGACGUGAAGAAGUGUCUGGAGGACCAACACAACAUAACAAAUGGGGUAUGGAUCGGCCUGGAGCGCUCCAUCUUUGGCUGCAGUGUCCCCUGGGAGUGGAUCUCAGGGGAAGAAUGUAAGAACUGUGAUGUUCAGCACAGAAAUUCCUCCCACUACUGUGGAAAGAUCAGUUCUGCAGGAGUCUUCCACAGUGACUACUGCUUUGAAGAGUUACCGUUCAUCUGCGAGCCUUAG